CUGAACCUAAAACUGACUGAUUACGGUCGAGCGCGCCAUUCAGACUUCAAGGUCUCAACGUUAAGUUGUUAACACAUCAGUAAAACUCCUAGUUGUUGUUGUUGUUGUUGUGUAAUAUGUACCAAUCUGGCCUACUUAUUUUAUCGCCUCAUAUCCGUCCUCAUAAAUUGUCUUCCCUAUUAAAAUAUGCUAAGAAUAUGGUGAAUGAAAAGUUAUUUUUAACUGUACCACAAAGUCCUUUAAAUUUUACCUAUUGGAAAAGAACAGCUACACUGUGUUAUACAAUUGCUUAUCAGGUGUGUCCAUCGCUAAACAUUUGUCUUCUUCUUCCUGCUCCUCCACCUCAUCCUCCUCCGCCUCCCAAAACUACAUCCUUAAAGCCUUCAGUAAAAUUCGAUAUUGUGAUCUCACCAGAAUCUGAAUUCAGUCAUGCUUGGAUUUUGAAAGAAGUUCACAAUAUUGAUCCAUUAUAUAAUGACAAUAUUUUAUACGCUACUAAAGAUAAAUUCGAUUUAGACCCAACAGUAGUUGAUGAGAAGUCAAAUGAUCAUGAUGAUGAUGAUAAUAAUAAGUCAUUAGAUGACUCCUAUCAAGAUAUCUCUCAUGUAUGCCUUGGUGGCACUUUCGACCGGCUACAUAAUGGACAUAAAAUUUUACUUACUGUUGGCGCUUUACUAGCUAAACAACAACUACUUAUCGGGAUAACAUGUUCUAAAUUACUUUCUGGAAAAUGUCUUAGUCCUUUCAUAUAUUCUUGGGAAAAGCGUCAACUAGCUGUUCAAGCAUUCCUCAGUGAUAUUGGAGUACAGCUGGAGAAUGUGAAAAUUGUUGAAUUAUCUGAUGAAUUCGGUCCACCAGGAUAUUGUCCAGAGUUCGAUUGUAUAGUAGCCAGUUCUGAAUCUCUUCGUAAUUGUGAAAAGUUGAAUGAAUUACGACAAACUAAGGGGUUUAAACCAUUGAAAAUUGAAAUAAUCGAUUUUGUUUGCUCAGAAAGUACGCAUCCUGAUUCUAAUAUCUAUCCUUUCGAUCCGUCGGAUCAUAAGUUGAGUUCUUCAAAAGUUCGAUUCAGCCAACUCGGAGAUUUAUUGAAACCUGUCAAUGACAACAAUCAUCAGAUUACUUCUAGUCCUUCUAGUCCUUACAUAAUUGGAUUAACAGGACCGGCUGGAUCGGGAAAAUCAUCAUUAGCUAAACGACUUGCUAAAUUAAGUGAACAGAUUCAUAUCAUCGAUUGUGAUCGUCUUGGUCAUGAGGCAUAUGUUCCUGGUACGCCUUGUCAUCAAGCUCUUUUAUCGCAUUUUGGACGAGAGAAUAUUGCUUCUCAAGAACCACCUUAUCCAAUAGAUCGACGACUACUGGGGAAUUUAGUUUUUUCUGAUCCGUCUAAACUGAAAGAAUUGAAUUCAAUCGUUUGGCCUGAAAUACUUAAACAAAUUUUCACCAUCACAAAAGAAAUAGAAAAUAACGCUAUGAAACAUGGUCAACAUUGUAAACGUCCUGUUGUUAUUCUAGAUGCUGCAGUACUUUUACAAGCUGGUUGGGAUCAAAUCUGCAAUGAGGUAUGGUUAACUAUUCUACCUCAUUCAGAAGCUCAACGUCGAUUAUGCGAACGAAACAAUCUAACUCCUGAGGCUGCAUCAGAACGUCUUACACGACAAGCUACUGGGAUUGCUGAAAUAACAGGUGGUUAUACAUGGUUUGAAGCAGGUCAGUAUUGUUGUACAAAAAGUCCACUAGACUAUGCGCAUGUAAUUCUAAGCACACAAUGGGAACCAGAAUGUUCACAAUAUCAAGUUGAAAAGGCAUGGAAAAAGUUACAACAAAGACUGCCAGUAACUUCGACUACGCAAUAAGUCAUUUGUUACAAAAUUUCUAUUUUAAUAAUUGAACCAUCGUCAAAUGUUUGAGACCACUAAGCAUAAUUCUUUGAAUACGAUAAAAAACAACAACAACCAGUUCCUACUAGUUACUGAAAGGAAGGGGAUAUUUGAAAAGAAUGACUUUGUUAUCAAUUUAUUUGUAAUUUCAAUGAUUUCUAUUACUAUUCCAUAU